AUGGUGAAACCUCGUGCUGAAAUGACUCAGGAGGAGCUGGCUGCAAAGGAACAAGAAGAAUUUAAUGUUGGACCGUUGUCCAUUCUCAAUAACUCAGUAAAGAAUAAUGCACAGGUGCUAAUCAACUGCAGGAACAACAAGAAGCUUCUUGGGAGAGUGAAAGCUUUUGAUAGGCAUUGCAACAUGGUUCUGGAGAAUGUGAAAGAGAUGUGGACGGAACAGCCGAAGACGGGAAAAGGGAAGAAGAAGGCCAAGGCGGUUCCGAAGGACCGUUUCAUCUCAAAGAUGUUUCUUCGUGGCGAUUCGGUCAUUCUGGUGCUGAAAAAUCCACUCGCAACGACCGACUAG